GGCGUGCCAAGCCUCGUUACUCUGCAUCAGCAGCUAUAGAAAGCAUCUUCGCUGAGAAUGGGUCCACGUGAUGCCCUGGUUUGCAACUGUGCUGAUAGACCCCGUCCUGCGCUCACUGGCCCGCCUUCGUCCCAACAUGACCUUAGAGGAUGGGGUCCCUCGUGCGGUGCAGGAAUGGGAGCACAGCAGCAAUUUUGAACGCAUGAUCUUCUAUGAAAUGGCAGAAAAGUUCAUGGAAUUUGAAGCCGAAGAAGAACAGCAAAUCCAAAAAAUGAAACUCUUGGCCACCUGUUCCCAGUUCCAAAACCCAGUCCCCAAACCCACCAAGCCGCCAAUGUCCCCCGUCCCCGAGUCUGGACAACAGCAAGUGUACAUCCCAAAGAAGUCAGCUUCCAAGAGUCGACAGCCUCGACGCCGCCAGAGGCGCCCGCCCAGUACUUCCAACCUAGGCGCACCCAGAGAGAUCCCUGCUGAGGCCGUGCACCAGUACGCAGAGAUCAUGGAAGGCCUGAACCCCAGCUGGGAGGAAGAAGAAGCUGAGAAGAAAGAACAAGGGAUGUGCCAAGAUACCCAGGACCAGGAGGAAGGGGUGUUCCCAGACCCUGGCCUGCUUCAGUAUAUUGAUCAGCUGUGUGACGAUGAAGAAUUUGUUUGUAAGGUGGAAGCUGUUAUCCACCCACAAUUUAUGGCGGACUUAUUGUCUCCAGAGAAAACCCAGGAUCCCUUGGACCUGGUAGAAGAGUUAGCAGAGGAGUUAAACUUGACCCCUAGCCAGUUAACGGAGAAGAGACUUCUGGCACUAUCUGAAGAGGAAAGAGAUCCUUCUGUCUACCCUACUUCCCAUUCGGAUUCCACUCCAUCACAGUCUGAGGAGGAAGAUGAGGUCAGUGGUAACGGCAAAGGAGAAGACAUGUUGCGACAGGCUUUAAAAAGGUCUUCCACGAACAAGGGCACCAGAGCCAGUCAAGUAGACUUGGCCAACUCCACUGUCAGUUCUCCACCUGCUUCUAAUACACAACAAAAACUGGGUGACAGAGAGUUUUUCCUAAAGACCGUCAGAGCAAGCUUCUCUCCUCGCGAAUACUGCAGUCAUGACUCUCAGGAAGGGAAUUUGCUACCCGCUUUGAAGACGCCAGCGGAAAAGGACAUACAGAAAUCCCAGGAAAAAGAUCUAAUUAUGAAUAAUGGUAAUGAAACCCCAGCUCAGACCUUUCUGAGUGUGAAAGGAAACAGCACCCUUCGUAGUCAUUUAGCAUCACCAAGGGAUAGCAGAGCAAGGCCAGAAAUGGUAAGAUUCGUCUCUUCAAAACAAGAUAUCAGCCAGGAACCAAAGAAGAUGGAUCAAGUAGCGUCCCCUAAGUCUACAGAGAAGGGCAGCCAUGGAGUCGUAGCACCCGUGAAGAAUGGAAUUCAGAUAAUUUGGAAUAAUGUAAAACCAACCCAGGAUUGUAACCAGAAAGGAGAAGUGAAAACUGUACGGGCAGCGCAAGUGUCUCCUUCAAACCAGGAUGAACGUAGUAAACAAGACCAUCUGAUGUUAGUAGGGAACCACAAGUGGGAAAAACAUCUAACGCUGAGUUUCAGUGGACAUAGAGAAUUGAAUGAACAGAUCAUAAAUCCACCUCAGGGUCAGGAAGACGUGGGGCUUGAAAGUCCCGCUAGUAAAGCGGAGCUCGACUAUCAGGAAAGAAAAAUGAGAUUUUAUCAGGACACUCAAAGAAAAGCCAGAGGUCCGGAAGUCAUUCAGUUUGAACAUGAUAAGCAAGAGAGUUGCCAAGGAGUAGCAGGCCAAGAUCAAUACCAGAUCCAAGGCCUUCAGAAAUCUAAUGUUACUGCAGUUCAGUUUACAAAUAUAAAGCCUUGUGGUCGAAGCAUAGCGAGACAAGACAGACUAACACCAGCUCUUUCAGGAAUUGGUCACAAACUCAUUAGCCAAGGGGCCAAGACCAUAUCUCAGAGGAAGGCCCACACGAAUGUAAAGCAAAUGAAGACCAUAUCCACAAAAAACAAAAGCCAAGGGACGAGCAUAAGGUUUCCCAGCGAUAACUUAACCCUGCACAAACAGUCGAGUUGUGUUAGACAGGAGGACCAACCAUCAACUGAACUAGCUCAUCAAGAGACUAGUUUAAAAGGAAGCAUUGAGUUGGGCAGAAAAAAUAUGCAGCCAUUUUGUUUAGGUGUUUCUACCGAGGGAGGGAAGCUUGAAGACCAGUUACCAGAUGGAGGUUCUGAACACCCACCAUAUUUCACCUUUUCCAGGCGUGAGCCACCAUCUUUGAUUGUCCAGAGCGGUCUUGAGAAACUCCAGGAGUCUCAGGGACCAUUUUCAGAUCAGGAUAAGGUCCCUCCACAGAUGGAAAACGAUGAGUGCCUAAAACCUACUUUGGAUCCUUCCGGCUAUAUCUCUAUGAGUGAGGCUGAUGGAGAGAACAGUGGUCUCCAUGGAGAUCAUACCCCUGUACCCACUUGUGCAUUUCCACCACCCCUUAGCCUCCAAGGCAACAGCAGUCAUGGAAACAUUGAAUUUAACCCUACAAUUCUAAAAAGUGAAUCCAAAGUCUGCUGGGAGCCAGUCACUCCAGAGAAAGAAACGAGUAACUGGAAUCAGGUAGGAGGUGAUCUGGUCAAGAGAGUCACUGUGAUGAAUGUGGUGCUUCCGGACCUCCCUGGAGAAACCAUGGAAGGUGUUCUCAAAGACGAAGGAGAGGAAGAGGAGGAGGAGGAAGAAGAGGAUGAAGAGCUGUCCAGUUUCUCUUCGUUACUCGCCUCCAAGCUCAACUUCUCUCCUCACAGCGACCAGUUGCUUCACACCAUGGAACAAGGGGACACGCUGAGCUUUUCACCCAUGGACCUUGCAGAGCAAGUUAAGCCAAGGCAUUGCUCCAAGGGUCAAUUAUCCCAGAAUGCCAGCCUUCUUGCCAACACAAAUUUGGAAGUUAACUCAUCCGUCCACCGUUAUCACAAGAGAAAGAGCAACAUCACAGGGACUCGGAGGAGCAAGCGUCUUCGCAACCAGUAACUGGCCCUUAGCUCCUAAGUGGGUUGUCAUCAGCAAUCCUAGAAAAGUCUUUUUUUCUUUUUUUUUAAAAAAAACAACCCUGCACUGAUAAGCAUCACCUUCAUUCACCUGAGAUUCCAGAACCCCAUCAUUGUUCAAAAUGCAGCUGGCAAACAAAUUUUGUUGGUUUUUGUAUCUUUCUAAAAAAAAAACACCCCGCUUCUUUUUAAGGACAUCUCCCACCAACCACCCGUCCACCCCAGUUGUUCAUGCUUCUUGGCAAAUUAAAAACAAUUUUAAAAUCCCUCGACUGUCUCUGCAGGAAGGAGUCAAAAGCCGUCUGAUUUCUGCUAAUUUCGGGGCGUGGGGAAAAAAAAUGGUUUUGUCUUCCUACUUCCAUCUUGGACUGAACUUGGGGGUGAAUCGUGGAUGAAAGAAAAGCCCAACCCAACAAUGGGAGAAUGAUUCCUGAUGAGUUGGAGAACGGCCAGCUAGGCAACGAUGCUGAUUUCAUAAAACUUAUUAGAAACAUGGCGAGGGGAGAAAAGGGGAGAGAUAACAAUUGUGUGGCACAAUUAAGAGAAAGCCAUGUUUUGUCGCUUUCAAAUUUAGGGGACCAGGAGAGGUAUUUUAUAAUUUGAG